AUGGUCGACACCCAAUCCUCUUCCCUCGGGACCAACUCCACCAUCUUGGGGACCUUCACCGGGCUACAUGCCUUGGGGUUUCAGCCCUCCAACUCAAAAUCCGUGGUCAAUCCAUUAUCUGGGUUACUACCCCUCGGAGCAGAUCCCGUUGCCCAACUGGCCACCCAUGAGCUAUCCCCCAAUGCAGCCUCAUCAUUCCGCCCCUCAUUGCCAGCAGCAAGUCAGGACCCACAUCAGCCUCCUCCAACUACGUCCAGUUCAUCUUUACUGGGACGCUUGCGCUCUCUGUCUAGCACGGAUCGACCUCACACCACUGCCGUUCCCUUGGCACAGCGCCUACGUGAUCCAGCUCCCUUAAUCGAUCGUGUGGCUCCACCAGCUUCCUUAUCACAACGAUUACAGUCGCCUAGCCCGGAGUUCGUGCAAGGGUCCUCUUUGAGGCCCUUCCAGAGUAACUCGACAAGGUCAUUACACCAACGACUGGCGAAUAAGGAGGAGGAAGGAGAGCCUUCGGAUCGGGAGGAGAACGUGCCAACGAGCCGUGCACGACGAAGUCGCAGAGCAGGACGGAAGCAGAAGGAAGAAGACGAACAACAGAUCAGAGAAGGGAAGCAGCCAGCGCCGGGCAAAGGCAAGAGGAGGGACCGUCGGGAUAGAGCAAUCUCUAGACAUAAAACCACCAUCAUCUUGCUAACAAGCUCGUGUGAUGAGUCUACUGUGUCCACUGCUGGUAAGACCAAAGGGAUACGAGAGCCUGUCCUCUGGGUUAACGAGGGUCUGCCUAGGACUUCUAGGCAACCCUAG